AUGCACCAAGACGAUGUCAAUCAUCAUGGCAUUCCAACACUUCAGGGCAGGCUCCGUGAAAUUUCACUUGACAGACCAAAAUCCUUUGAUGCACUCUCCUAUGUUUGGGAAGAUGAUCCCUCUCCACCGAAUGAAGGAAACCCCGUCCCGAAUUACAUUCUACUUGAUGGCAAACCCGGCGAGCCCCGCAAAUCACUUGAGAUAUCGAAGAGCUGCUAUAUUGCUCUGCAGAAUCUUCGGGAUUAUCAUGGAGUCAGGACGAUAUGGGUUGAUGCGAUCUGUAUCGACCAGAAGAACGAUAGCGAAAAGAACAUGCAGAUUCCACUAAUGAAGGAAAUCUAUGAAAAGGCAAGAAAGGUGUACAUCUGGCUAGGGGAAUCUAAGACAUUUGAAAGAGAAGGCAUUCCGUACAAGUCCGAAGAUGAAUUGAAAUACUUGAGGCAAAUCUCAAAUGGGCAAUACACACUUAUGGAUGCUAGACUAUCCGGAUUCCCAGCCAAUAUGUCUCUACACCAACUAGCGAGAAGCAUUAGAGUUCUGUGGGACGCAGCAGUUGACAAAUGGUUCCCCAGCCCAGCAGUUUCAAGCAAUGAUGCGUCACUGAAAGACUUGAUUGACAGGAAAUGGUUCCGGCGUAUGUGGACGAUGCAAGAACUGGUGAUGGCGGAAGAGCCGUUCGUUGUGUGUGGGAAAAGGUCUAUCCGAUGGAAUAGGUUCUUUUGGGGUUUAGUACUCACUUGGGAGCAUACGGUCAAUGACAAGAAACCCGAUUUCGAGGCGAUAAUAAAAUUCCUCCAUGGGAUUGAAUCGCUCUGGAUCGAGAUUACGAGGAUCCUUGAGCACAGACAGUCUAAACACUGGGCUUGGGUCAACAAGAAAAGCAGCUGGUACUCAUGCUGGGACAAGUUCCUUCGCUUUAUGGAACAACAUGGGAAGACAAUGUUAUUCUACGAAGUUACACUAGGACUCUUGAUGAUGUUACCACAACUGCACUCCAAGGGUAUGCCUAUCAACACACUUGGUCACUUCUUUGGACCCUUCCAGGCUUUUCUGUUCUCAAUUGGGGCUCUAAACUCACUUCUGACUCCACCAAGACGAGAUGACCAAUGGAAAGAAAGUCUCCAAGAGAGGAUGAUAAGCAUAUUGCACAGCUGCAGAGACCAAGAUGCGACGAAUCCCAAGGACAAAGUGUACGCACUCCACGGUCUAUUGACGAGUCUAGAGAUUGAAUUGCCGUCGCCAAAAUACGAGGACUCGCACAGUUUAGAGGCAACUUACUUGGAAUUCGCUGAAGCUUUCAUAAAAUGGCAAGGAUCUUUAGAGAUACUACUCGAGGCAACCGGCCCUUGGGGUAACGCACCUUCCUGGGUCCCGAACUGGAGCGAGCGAUAUAUGCGGCUACCGUUCUCCAGCGCCAACGCAACCCGAGUGCACGCCUUGCUUGAAUCCAGAAAUUCUUUCCAGUUCUCCAGUGAUGGACGUGGGCUUGAGAUUAUGGGUCGAGAAGUUGGUGUUGUUGUGUAUAAACUCAAAGCCAUCAACAGAUCUCGAUCUCGAUUCUGGCAACAUGUGGAUCCGUCCAAGAGGAUGGGUCUAUUAUCUGGAGCCCCUCAAGAAAUAUUUGAUGAAAUUUCUGCCCUGUACGAGUGGUUCAUAAUUGCGACCGAAGUUUUUGCUUUUGGGAAGGAAGAGAUUGCGGAGUUCAUGGCUUUGAACAUUCCCAAAGAUGCGAUUUACGCCGUAGAUGAUACGCGCAAGUGGAUUGACCUUAUUUUCAAUCAUUAUUCAAGAAGCUCAUGUAGUACCGAAGACGGGUCCGCUGGCAUGCAUCCCGGCCACAAAGUUCUGGAGAUGCUCUUGCAGAACGAUCGGCUCUUCUCCAUGCAUUGGAAAAUAUGCCAGUUCUUCGCUGGUUCUAUGACUUGUUUUAUUUUAAAAGCUGCAGAAAGAUUCCUGCUUGGCAUUGGACCUGAUGGUACUCAGAAGAAGGACAAAGUUGUGCUCUUUCCCACCCUUAAAGCCCCGAUGGUUGCGAGGGUAAAGGAAUCUAAAGGGGGAAUACGUGAGGUUCAGGUUGUUGGAGCUGCCCUUGUAGAUGACAUGAUGGAUGGGCAAUUUUGGCCUGAGGACAAUAGUGGUCUGGAAGCCAUGCUCGUUGUCUAA